CAUCCGCCUUGCGUCCGCGCCGCGCCGUGCUUUAUUAAGACCAGUGUAUGCAUCACCAUCGCGCGUGAGACGCCCCCCGGGGUACACGCUAUAUUCGCGCGGCGUCAGUUCCCAGGCGCCAGGCUUCCGCUCGGGAUCACCUCGCUUUCCUGUCUCCUCCCAACCGUGCCUGUAUCCAGCACUCCCGCCAACGUACAUAGGACGUACGUGCGGCCAGUGCUGCAACGAUGGUCCCUCCUUCCCCCGUUCUCCUCGUCCGUGCAACGAACGACCCCCUCGGAGGCGGGCCGCCCCCGCCCGUAUCCUUUCGCACCGAGAAAGCACCGUUCAUUGGGAUCGCGUUCGCAGGCGCCCUGGUAAUCGGGUGCGGGAUAUGGCUAGCGAUCUACUUCUUGAAACGGCGGCGGAAGAGGAGGCGAGAGAGGGAAGAGAGGGCGGACGAGAGAAAGCGCAUAGCGAGGAAGUCAUUGCUCACCCAGGUUGAGGAAAAGGCAGACAUGACAGCGAGCCCUUCGCCAAGGCCGAGGGAGACCACCAAGUCGAAGGCAGUCAACAGAGCCCUGGUCACCGCGAGCGUGGUCAUGCCCGAGAAGGCGCUGACACCGAGAGUGGGCCACCAACGGCAGACAAGUGAUUUCGUCGUUGAAGCCGCACAACCUGCGCAACCCCUACCACUCCCCCUCCCCAUCAUGAUCCAGCCACCCUCCCCCACAGUCGAAGAGGCUCCUCACCUAGCGCAAAUGCAACGAUCACCGUCGUCCAUCCAAACGGUCCCGCGUUCCAUCCCAAGUCGGCCAGGCAGCAGCUCGCGUCCGGUCUCCUUCGUCUCGCGUAGCAGUCCGCUCCGGAAUAGCGUCAACUCACGCGCGUCCUCGCAGUCAGCGUCAGCGUCGAUGUUCGAGGAGGGCCAGAUGCGCAAGGUGCGCCAGGUCUUCACGCGCGCGCUUCCCGACGAGCUGGCCGUGACGCUCGGGGAGCACCUCGCGAUCUUGCAGCGCUUCGACGACAACUGGUGCGUCGUCGGCCGCGAAAGCCGUGGGCGUCGGGGAGACGUCGAGUUCGGCGCGGUGCCUGCGUGGGUGUUCACCCGCCCGGAGGAGGGUGUGCGCCCGAUCCGCCCGAUCAGGACGUCGAGCUUGAAUGUGCGGAUAUCGCUGGAGGCACCGGGCGGCCCGUCGUUUGCAUGGACGAACACCUGAGCUAAAAGGCGUACUGGUUCCAUAAGCGGUAGCAACUCAUGAGGACUAUGUCGGGAUGUAGGAUAUUUUCUGGUGUGUCAUGCUGCCCUGCUGGACCUGACUUCAACUUGCGGUGUCGUCAUCUUGGAUGAAUCAGAAAUGGGACCAUGUAGAGUAGACAGUUUCGUAUUCCAUCGAGUUCUAGAUGGGGCGCACGUGGGGGUAUUUGCCAUGACCGAGCGAGGUGAGCAUCGCCCGUAAUCUCAGCAGGAAGCCGGUGAGUUCAUGUUCAGUAGCACACAAC